AUGCUCUUUGUUUCGCGCGUAAAAGCUGCCCCUGUUUCCGGUUGUGAGAAGCCCUUAGUGACUGUGAGGUUUAAGAACUCGGCUGCAAUGGGUAAGCAGAACGAAGAUAUGGAGGACGUGAGCGGAGGAGGGUGGGAAAGAAGCCCAGACCUCAAAUUAGAACCUUCUUUGCUUCUCGGACUAAAAAUGAUCCAGCCCGAAAUGGCCAGCCGACCUAAAUCCAACAUCGGACAGUUGACACCAAAUUCGGCUGAGCUGAAGAGCCGGAGGAGCGUGCUUCAGAGUUCUCUCAGAGAUGAGCCUCUGUUGGGAAAAUGA